UUGACAUAUGUUGCAUACCUUUGUUUCAUAAAAACCAGAAAUACCCUGUGAGCAUUAUUGGUUUUACAUAUAUCCAGAUGGAAAUGAUGAACACAACAAAUCUUAAACCUCAAAGUGAUUCACCAAAGAAUAUGAAUCUUCUCGACCCUGAAGAGUUCAAGAGGCAAGGUUACAUGAUGAUUGACUUUCUUGCUGAUUACUAUCGAAAUAUCAAUAGCUAUCCCGUUCUAAGUAACGUGGAACCUGGUUAUCUUCAAAAAAGAUUGCCAACUUCUGCCCCAUCACACCCAGAAUCAGUUGAAUCCAUACUGGAAGAUGUGCAACAGCAUAUCCUCCCUGGCAUCACACACUGGUUGAGUCCCAACUUUUAUGCCUACUUCCCCAGCACUAGUAGCAUAGCAGGGUUAAUGGGAGAGAUUCUAAGUACUGGAUUCAAUGCUGUUGGAUUCAAUUGGGUGUCAUCACCAGCUGCAACUGAGCUUGAAACUAUAGUCAUGGAUUGGCUUGGACAGGCUCUAAACCUCCCAAAAACCUUUCUUUUCUCUGAAAAGAAUGGUGGUGGUGGUGUUUUGCUAGGGACAACAUGUGAGGCCAUUUUGUGCACACUAGUUGCUGCAAGAGACCAAAAGCUUUCCCAAGUUGGGAAGGAAAAUAUUUCAAAACUUGUUGUGUAUGGCUCUGACCAAACACACAGUGCACUUCAGAAAGCAGCUCAAAUUGCUGGAAUUCAUCCCCAAAACUUCAGAGCCAUUAAAACAAAGAGGUCAAGUGCAUUUGCUUUGACCACUGACUCUUUGCUCUCUGCUAUUCUUCAGGAUCUGGAAAAUGGGUUGAUUCCUUGUUUCUUAUGUGCCAAUAUGGGCACAACUGCAACAACAACCAUUGAUCCUAUAGGACCAUUAUGUGAUGUGGCAAAAGAGUAUGGAAUCUGGGUCCAUGUUGAUGCUGCUUAUGCAGGUCCUGCUUGCAUUUGCCCUGAGUUUCGCCAUUGCAUUGAUGGAGUUGAAAAGACAGACUCGUUCAGCUUCAAUGCUCACAAGUGGUUUCUAACUGGUUUAUCAUGUUGUUGUCUUUGGGUGAAAGAUCACACUGCCUUGAACAAAUCUUUGACAACAACUCCUGAAUUCUUGAGGAACAAGGCUUCUGAAUCAAAGCAAGUGAUUGACUACAAAGAUUGGCAGGUAACCUUAAGCAGGAAGUUCAAUGCUCUCAAAUUGUGGUUUGUUCUUCGAAGCUACGGCAUCGAAAAUCUGAGGAACUUCUUUAGAAAUCAUGUGCAAACUGCCAAAACCUUUGAUAAGCUAGUGAAAAUGGAUGCAAGGUUUGAAAUUGUUGCCCCCAGAAGUUUCUCUCUGGUUUGCUUUAGGAUUUCACCAGUAGCAGUUGCUAAUUGGAGGUCCAAUGGUACAAAUUCUCAGUACAAUGGGGAAAUUAUGAUCACUGAAGAUUUGGUGAAUGAAAUCAAUCAGAAAUUGCUGGAUUCAAUUAAUAGUUCAGGCAAGGCAUACAUGACUCAAGGUAAGGUUGAAGGAGCUUUCUUCAUCAGGUGUUAAAUUGGUGGCACCUUAACAGAGGAACACCAUGUGAUUAUGGCAUGGAAAUUGGUACAAGAACAUACAACUUCUUUGUUGGGACAUUCUGGAACAUACUAAUUAUGCUUCCAUUCAGAUUGUCUGCUGCCUCUACUAUAGUCCAAAUAAAUCGCUUAUGAAAAAAACAGUCCAAAUAAAUCAUUAUAAAAUCCUUAAAUAAAUAAGCUAUUUAUUAUUUACAAUAAUCCUAGCCAUUGAUUGUAAAAAUCAAGGGCCUAUAAUUAUGCAGAGGGAGUGGUAAAGAAUAUCUGCAACAGUAGAGGAUCCAAAUUGGCACAAGUGGAACCCCUUUCUCUCUAUUGUAAUUUUUUUUUCCUUGUGGUGAGUGAUUGUAUUGUAGGUUAAGGUCUUAAGGAUAAAAGUCCUUUUCAUAUUUAAGGAGUGUUCUCUUGUGAAAAAGAGUGAAUAAGAAAUAAAUCUUCUAUAUA